UUCGCGUCUAACUUUCCUCCAUCCCCUGCAACAACAAAAUGCGGUAUUACGAACAACGCUACCCCGAGGUCGAUGAACUCGUCAUGGUUCAGGUUCGGCAGAUCGCUGAGAUGGGUGCCUAUGUGAAGCUGCUCGAGUACGACAACAUCGAGGGUAUGAUCCUCCUCUCCGAGCUGUCACGCAGACGUAUCCGCUCCAUCCAAAAACUCAUCCGCGUUGGACGAAAUGAGGUAGUCGUUGUUCUUCGUGUCGACAGGGAGAAGGGUUACAUUGAUCUCUCAAAACGUCGAGUAUCACCAGAGGACAUUACAAAAUGCGAGGAACGCUACAACAAAUCCAAGGCUGUCGCCUCCAUUAUGCGGCAUGUUGCCUCAAAGCUACCCUCGAUCGACGCCGAGACUUCGAUUCCCGUCCCCUCCGAAGACCCAGCGGUCGAGAACGCGGAGAAAGAGACGAAAAAGUCGAUAAGGAGGCAAAAGAAGGAGAACCCAGACGAGCCCGUCGACGACAUCGUCAUGGGAGGACCGAACGAGGAGGAGAAACUCGAAAAGCUGUAUGAGCAGAUCGCCUGGCCUCUUGGCCACAAGUACGGGCACCCGUACGACGCAUUCAAGGUCGCCCUGACUGAGCAGGAGUCAGUAUUCUCGUCCCUUGCUACCCCGGUACCCACAUCGACGCUCUCGAUCCUUACGGGCACAAUUGCCCGUCGGUUGACGCCACAGCCUAUCAAGCUUCGCGCUGAUAUUGAGCUGACUUGCUACACCCCGGCUGGUAUUGACGCCAUCAAGAAGGCCCUUCGUGCGGGAGAGAAAGAGAGCAACGACACUGUCCCGAUCAAGGCUAAGCUCGUCGCGCCUCCCCUGUAUGUGCUCAGCACAAAUGCCACGGAUAAGUACGCGGCCGUCGACAGACUGGAGAGAGCUAUCGAGUCGAUACAAGCCAAGAUCGAGGAGAAAGGUGGUUCGUUGGUUGUGAAGAUGAAGCCCAAGGCUGUCUCGGAAACCGAAGAACAAGACCUGGCCCAGCUCAUGGCCAAGGCGGGACAGGAGAAUGCCGAAGUCUCAGGAGACGAAGAGGAGGAGGAGGUUAUUGUUUAAAUCGUCUUAAGUGGGUUUGUGCCACUGUACCCGUACCAUAGCG